UGCAAGUGUCCGAGGGGCCUUUGAACGCACCAGGGAGGGAGGACCUUGUCAGUAUCAGCAGGCUGCUUCUCGGCCGUUCGACCUGAUUACGGGUCCUUCGGAAAAAGGGAGACCACGGGAGGGAAACUCGCUACUUUGAGACCCUACUUCUGAGAGAGAUGGCUGCAAUCAGAAAGAAACUGGUGAUAGUUGGAGAUGGUGCUUGUGGGAAAACCUGUCUGCUGAUUGUCUUCAGUAAGGACCAGUUCCCUGAGGUCUACGUUCCCACUGUGUUUGAGAACUACAUCGCUGACAUUGAAGUUGAUGGCAAACAGGUCGAGUUGGCAUUGUGGGAUACAGCAGGUCAGGAAGACUAUGACAGACUGAGGCCUCUCUCCUACCCUGACACAGAUGUAAUCCUCAUGUGCUUCUCCAUCGACAGCCCCGACAGUUUAGAGAACAUUCCUGAGAAAUGGACACCUGAAGUGAAACACUUUUGUCCAAAUGUCCCAAUCAUCCUCGUGGGCAACAAGAAGGACCUUAGGAAUGAUGAACACACACGCAGAGAGCUGGCCAAGAUGAAACAGGAACCAGUAAAACCUGAGGAGGGAAGAGACAUGGCCAACCGCAUCAGUGCCUUUGGCUACCUGGAGUGCUCAGCCAAAACCAAGGAUGGUGUGCGGGAUGUGUUUGAGAUGGCGACCAGAGCAGCUCUGCAGGUCCGCAAGCGUAAGAAGAGGGGUGGCUGCCAGAUUCUGUGAAAGGCCAUAAGUGUGUUGGCCACUCAGCACCUGAGGGAGGACCCCCCCCCAAAAAAAAAAAAAAAAACACACAGAGCAAACCUAGAGAAACCU